CCAGUUCAAAGGCGCUAGUUUACUAACUGACAUCACGGAGGGUAACAUGGCUUUGUUGUCAUCUUAAAUGCUCUGCUGUGUUGCGUAGAGUCAAGUGAUUUCUAUUAAUAUACUUAAUCAAAUUAAUGAAAGCAUGGCACGCGCUUGAGUAGGUUACUAUUUUAUUCAUCAACCUAGAUGGACAUGUCAUUCUCUCUUAACGUUCGAACAAAGUGAAAGCUAUGGCUGGUGCUACACAAGAGGUUAGAGAUCCUCUGUCUACAGACAGUAAAGGGUGUGCGACUGUAAAACCAACGAUAUCGUAUGAAGAAAUUGCUACUAAGCUUUUAAAUGAAAAGCUUUUAUUAACGGCCUUGGAAUUACACGCAGAACUAUGCGAAGCUGGAAAAGAAUUACCUAUUUUAAGAGAAUUUUUUUCAAAUCCCAAUCAUUUUGAGAGUCAAAGUAUUAAACCAGAACCAUAUACUCCUAUGCCUAGGUCUUCUAGUCAGGCUACUUUAGACUCACUUGAUAUGACCAGAUACUCAGAAGAUGGUGCAGGUGUUGAUGAAAGAGUAGCAAUUUUAGAAUUUGAAUUAAGAAAGGCCAGGGAAAGUAUUUCUGCUCUUCGUGCAAAUCUCACUGUAGUAACAGAGUCAGAAGGAACUACACCUGACAAAUGCUCUGAUAAGCAUCUUGUUACUGGAACACCCAUAAAACCUCAUGAACAAAGAGCUAUAAAUUUUCUUGUUAAUGAAUACCUGUUAGCAAGUUCUUACAAAUUAACAUCAAUUACAUUUAGUGAUGAAAAUGGAAAUCAAGAUUUUGAAGAUUGGCAAGAUGUAGGGUUGAAUAUCCCAAAACCAGCAGAAUUAUUACAAAUAUAUAGGGAAUAUAUGAAGGCAAAUGGAUAUGAUAAAUUACCUUCUGUAAGUGUUGGUGUGCAAACUGAUUUCUGUGAAUUAGAACCAGAAACAGAAGCAGAGAAGGAUGAAUUCAAAGAAAUGGUAAAAAAAGUAGAAGAACUUAAACAACAGACUGCAUUAUUGGAACAAGAAAGGUUGGAUUUGCAACAAUUUAUUGCCACUUCAGAAAAUCUAUCUCAAAAUGCAAUCAAGCAAGGUAGCAGCGGAACGAUACAAACGAUAAAUUCGAAUUCUACUACUCCAGAUAAGUUUGAACUCCUUGAAACUCCAGCUCGUGACACGUCGACAGUGACUCAAGAAGCCGAGGAAGACGAUAGCGUUUCUGUUGUUGUUAGUCUUGGUGAAACAGAUCCUGGAGAUAAAGAAUGGACUAGAAUUCAAUUGCCUAGAGUGGACGUUACUGAAGGAUCAUCCAUCCUUCCAAAUCCGCCAUCUAGACAUUUACCAUUGAAAUUUAAAAUGGAAGUAAUAUCACAUUGUUUAGUAAAUGUUCCAAGUUCUGUAAUAUCGGCAGCAGAAGAAGUUUUCAAAAAUGGAGUCACGCGCGAUACUCUCGUUCAUAUUUUAGCACAAACGUUACCUCGCAUCGUACCCAAUGUUAUCUUAAAUAAACGCGAGGAGGUAAUACCAUUAAUGUUAAGUGCAAUUCGACUUCAUAAUGACUCUACAGAAAGGGAAAAAUUAUUGCAAAUGCUAUUCAAUCUAAAGAAAAGGCCACAAGAAGAUGAAAGGCAAUUAAUUUUAGCUGGUUUCGUUGCUAUGGCUAAACUUGAAGAUGAACCAAUGGAGGGUGAAGAAAUAUUGACCAUUUGUUGGGAACAAAGUCAGCAUAAGUAUCCUGAGAAAAGGUUGUUAGCUGUUGAGUGCUGUUCUGUAUUAGCUCCAUACAUGUCAGUUGGGAUAAGAAAUUCUUUAAUGCUCUCCAUGCUUCAGCAAAUGUUACUUGAAGAUAAAGAUCCAACAGUUAGAGCUAGUGUUGUGAGAAGUCUUGCACUGUUGAUAGCUUUAAUGGAUGAUCCUGACAAAUAUUUUCAGUGUGAAGAAUUAGCAUUAACGGCACUUCAUGACACGUCAUCUAUCGUCGUUGACGUUGCAUCCUCUUUGCUCUUACCAAUUUUAGCCCAGUGGGCACUCUCUCUUAAAAGAUUACAAACACAUUUAUUACCACGUAUAAUAUCUAAAGUAAAAAGUCAUUUAAAGUCUGGGUAUUCUCAACAUUCGCCUAACAAAGAUCAUGUCGACGAAGGAAGAAUAGUAUCAUCAAUCGCGGUAUUACAGUAUUUACUUCCACAUAUGGUUAUUUGCAUAGCAGAUACUGAUUCUGUUAGAUCUUAUAUUGAGCAUGGAACAUCAUCCGAUUUACCUGAUGUGUUCCUGAAUUUGUGUCAUUCCAAUAUCGUUAAUCCAAAGCUAUUUUAUAAUGGAGAUGUAGAUAUAGGAUCUCUUCUAAAUACAUUUUUUGCAAAUACGUGGGAGAAUGAUUCAUGGGGAGAAUUAGAGUGGUUUACAAACUCACUAGUAUUGGACAUUUUGGAAAUGGUAAAAUCUGUUGAAAGUACACAGGAGACCAUUUUAAAUGCUCUUUUAACAUAUAUUCAUUCUUUAUGUUUGGGUUUUGGGCGAUAUAUCACGCAAACGCGGAUCCAACCGAUAGUCGUAUCCGAAGUAACUGAACUUGAGCAACAAUUAACGACUCUUGCAACAGAUAAAAAAAAUAUGAGUUUGACAUUAAUCCCAACAUAUUUAAUUAUAUUGUCCACUUUAAACGGUAUAGAUGUUUCUAAGUCUUUAAAACAGUUCCUUGUUGCUUUAUCUAUGAGUGGCACCAGUAUUACUAGUUUACAGAUCGCAAUCAUUAUGUUAUGUACUCAGGAACAUAUGCAAGAAUACGUCCUUAGUGGUUUAUGGGAUGGGGUAGUGCACCAAAGACCCAUUGUAAGAUGUGCAACCGCAACAUUAUUUGGUUGUGUAAUAGCUCACGUUUCCGAUCGGUUAGCAAGUGCUAAGGUAGUUCCUGCAAUCGUUACGCUCGUUAAUGAUCCUGAUAUAACUGUUCGAUCUGCUGCAAUUCCUUCUCUCGGUCGUUUAAUAACGGAAUGUAAAGUGAGAGAGAUGCGUGAUAAAGCACGUUUAACUUUAGAAACCAUUGCUAAAGAACCUCAAGGUGUUCCGCCUACUUUAGCACUCCCACUGGUUUCAACAUUAGCAUUUAUUGCCCCUAAUUGUCCUCAAAAUUAUAUAGAAGAUGUUAUAGCUACCCAAUUAAUGGGGAUAACUUCAUCAGCGUUGCAACAAGGUCGCAAGAUCGAUCUCAUUAGUGCUUUGGUCGAAGCAUAUUCUGUCUUGGUUUAUUGUCCACUGAGUAAUCAGUGUGUUUCUGGCGUGUUACUGCCGGGAUUGAAAUAUCUUGAACAAUUGGUUAAUCAAUAUUUACCUCAACAGAAGGAAGCUGUUCGGUCACUUUUGCGAGAAGCUGAAUCUCGGCAGGAUCUUUCAAAACCAAUGGAGAGGUCCUUAUCAAUGAGUUCUGGUCUUUCAUUAUCAAUGGCUACAGUAAAUGUAGGACAAGGUGUAGAAGACAUGAGACAAAGAGUGAGCAAAAUAUUUCAACAAAAGACUAGUUCACCAAGUAUGUCAAGUAUCUUUCGAAAGAAGUAAGAUCUUUUUGGUAUUCAUGUUCAUACACAAAUAUUACUUUUUAUCACUUCAAAAUUCUAUAUUCACUUUUCAUUGUUUUCAAAUUUUAUUUAUUUACAAUUUCUGUUGUACUUACCGCAUGUUAUAUGUAUUAUACGAUCAACGGUACAAGCGAUGCACAACAUUUACACCAAUCAGGAUAUAAUAUUAUGUAAGUAUUACUCAUUAUAAUCGGAAUAUAUAUAAGUUUGAAGACAAAUAUUAUUGAAUAUUGCUGUAAUGAUGUGUGUGCCUUUUAAAAUGUAAUUUUAAAUCACGUGAAUUACGAAAUCUAACUGUUUGGAGAUAGAAGAAAAGUCAAUAGUAUAUUAACUUUGUUUUUUAACUGCACAACUAAGUAUGACGUUAAAUACUAAAAUAGUUGCAAUGUUUUAUAUCGUUAUUUUUUUUUUUUUUUUUGAAGGUAUUGUAAUAAGUAGAAUGUUAUUAUAGUUUGUUAUUUUAUAUUUUGUGAAAUUAUAGUAUAUUUAUUAAAACGAAUCUCACCACUUACUAACGCCGAUAAUUUAUGAACCGUAUAACGUUAUCAUGCUCUUACUAAAAAAAUUUUCAAAUAUAUUCUGCCAUAACACGACUAAGAAUUUAAAAGUGUAAAGUUUUAAGAGUAUUUGCUAUAUUUUAAAUUAUAUAGAAAAAUAAUUCUAGGUAAAUUAACUGUGCAAGAAAUCGGUUGUGAUUAUUAAACGUUGAAUGUCGGAAGAGACAAUUUCAUUUUGUAUUACUGUUUGAUAUUACGAAGCAAAAUAGUUUUUAUUCUUAUCACGUUUAAGCAUUUUGUGUGAUAUUAUAGAUCUAUUACAAUUAGAAUAUAUGUAUGUACAUUUGUACUUAAAUCGGUUAAAUAUAAAUCGGGUAAUAUUAUCUUCUUCGUUGUAAACGAAAAAAAGAAAAAAUUAAUCAAAUUUAUUUAAAAUAGAUCGUAUCUUGUAAGAAUAUUUUAUUGUAUCUAUAUAUAUAUACAAUUACAUUUCCCGUAUAUACAUAUAUGUUGAUACACAUUACAUGUAUAUAAUCUAUGUAUACGUAUAUAUGUAUAUAUAUGUGUAUAUACAAUGAUCAAUAAUUUACUUCGUAUCUCAUGAUCAAUGUAUUAUCGUUAUUUUACAUACAUAUAUGUACAUAUAUACAUGCGUAUACAUGCAUAUGUAUUUACGUUUAUUAAAUAUUAAAUACUGUAGCAUAUAUUAUUACCGUGCAAAGAAUAAAUUUUAUAGUAUAUUUAUUCUAAAUGCAUUGUCCUAAACAUAUUCGGUUUUCUUAGACAUAUUAGAAACUCUGGUUAUGUUUGUAUGAACCGAUGACUCGCCAGCUGUUGGCCACAGUACGUUUUAUUACGAUAUAACACGCGAAACAUUCAAUAGCCUCCGAAUUAAUUAAUCGAUACCCUGAGCAAUCUAGAUAAUAGUUCUAAAUCUAAUUUUACUUUGCAUGGACAAUUUUCCCGCCGUGGUUCGUAAUUUUUACACGGGUUGGAUUUGGGGAACUUGCUUACGUCUAAGAAACCUUCGGUGUAAUACUAUUUAUGUACAUGACUUUGAAUUUCAACGUGACAUUUUAAAAGGGAAGAAAGCUUUUCAGUAAGCUCUACGUGAGUAACAACGAUAAGUGUAUAUCUGUGAAUGAAAAUACAUAGUAGUUCUCUUUUA